UAUUUUCUAUACCCGUUCCCUCUUUUGUUUUUGCUAUAGACCAAUCACUACAAAAAAAAAGGUUGUAUACCGAGAACAUUAUACCGACAACAUGUUCUCGGUAUAUACAUUUCAUAUGAGCGGGACAUUUUCGCGGUUCUGAAAUGGGUUAGUUCCUAUACCGAGAACUUAUACCGAGAACAUAUUCUCGGUAUAGGGUUUAUAAAUAUACCCAACAGCCGCGAAGCGCCUUCUCCUUCCUCUCUGGUUUCCCUCUGCUUUCUCCGAGCCGUCCGCCUCCCUCCGCCGAAAACCUCCAUUUUCUUCCCAAAAAUCUCAGUUUUAAGCCCCAAAAUUACCAAGGGUGAAGGAGUUUCUCUCUAUUUGUUAAAGGUUGGGUGCGGUUUUUGUUGGACUACAGAGAUAGUUUGCAAGAUAUUGAAGGUGUUGUGCUACAUUCAUACAAUGUCGAUCGACAAGAGCUAGAUUAAUUUGAUAGAUCGAUUAUCCGAUGAGUAUGAGGCUGGUGUGAUGGAUUUUCUCCAGAGAGCUCGGCAGUGCGUUGACUCAAGGGGAUUGGUGAAAUGUCCGUGUAGGAGGUGUGCCAACGUUGAAUUUCAGACGAUUGAUGUAUUAGAAAAUCAUCUUUUUGUAAAUGGUUUUCUACGGAAAUAUACCAAUUGGCAUUGGCAUGGAGAGGAUGAAAUAAUACCAAUGAGGAAAGUGAUAGAUCAAAAUGAUGAAGAUGAAAUGAUUGAUGUUCUCAAUGAUCUUAUGCAAAAUGACAAUGAAGAAUAUGAAGAGAAUGAGCACGAUCAAGAGAUACCUACAACAGACUACAGGGGUGGGCAACAUUAUAACGAUUUGUUUGCUGAGAUCGAGGCUCCAUUAUUCCCCGGGUGUCAAAAUUACACAUCAUUGAAUUUCCUAGUGAAGUUAAUGCAUUUCAAAGUGUUGGGAAAAAUUCCCAACAAAAUAUUUGAUGGAAUGCUGGAGUUGUAACAUGAUGCAUUUCCAGCCCCAAAUAAGCUUCCAAAAUCGCAUUAUGCAGCGAAAAUGUUGUUGCGGAAACUUGGAUUGGGCUACGAGUCAAUCCAUGUCUGCAAGCAUGAUUGCGCACUGUUUUGGAAAGAACAUGCUGGAAAAAGCAAAUGUCCUAUUUGUGGGGAGGAUCGAUGGGUGGACAAGAACACCAAGGGAAAGAAAGUGCCUCAUAAAGUGAUGCGUUAUUUUCCUUUAACCCCUAGGUUAAUGCGAAAAUAUGCAUCGAGGCACAUUGCUCAACAUAUGAGAUGGCAUCACGAGCAACGUAUAAAAGAAGAUGGUGUAUUGCGUCAUCCUGCUGAUGGGAAAGCUUGGAAGGACUUUGACCGAAAUAAUCCAACAUUUGCAAUGGAACCCAGGAAUGUGCGGCUUGGAUUGGCUGCAGAUGGAUUCAAUCCCUUUGGUAAUAUGAGUCUUUCUUAUAGUAUGUGGCUGGUUGUGUUGACGACAUAUAAUUUGCCACCAUGGUUGUGCAUGAGAGAAACUAAUUUCAUGUUGAGCUUAUUAAUUCCGGGACCUCAUUUGCCAGGAAAAGAUUUUGAUGUUUUCUUAAGACCAUUGAUUGAUGAGUUAAAAGAAUUAUGGGUGACCGGUGUACAUACUCGAGAUGCAGUCGAUGGUAGUUUCUUCACUCUUCGGGCAGCUUUGAUGUGGACUAUAAACGAUUACCCAUCAAGGAGUAGCCUUUCUGGAUGGACUGGCCAAGGUUAUCAUGCUUGCUCUACUUGCAAUGUGGCAACACCAUCUAUUCGUUUACAAAAGAAGGUUGCUUUUUAUGGUCAUAGACAUUUUUUACCAAUCAAACAUGCCAUUAGAAGGGACAAGAAGACAUAUGGUGUUGUUGAAAAAAGAUUACCACCAAAGCCAUUAACCAUGCAAGAAAUGUUCACACAAAUGAGUUUCAUACCCGAUUCUCUUCCUGGUAAGCAUGUCAGUUAUGGCGGCCAAAAAAGAAAGUGUACAAAAGAGCAAGUAGGUUGGCGAAAAAAAAGAAUAUUUUUGAGCUCCCAUAUUGGGCCAACAUAAUGUUGCGACACAAUCUAGAUGUUAUGCAUGUUGAGAAAAAUGUAUGCGACAGUUUAGUAGGCACAAUAGUUGGGCUGGAGAAUAAGACCAAAGACACUGUUAGUGCCAGAGUAGACUUGGAGAAGAUGAAGAUGAGACCAGAGUUACAGCUGAGGAAGUUGAAUGGUCGGAUACAAAAGCCUGCGGCCAAAUUCACUUUCACUGUUGAAGAUCGCCAAAAGUUUUGUUGAUUUCUUAAAUCAGUGAAGUUUCCAGAUGGUUUGGAUCUAACCUAAGGAAAAAUGUGAUUGAUAAUGACAAUAAGAUCACUGGUUUGAAAUCUCAUGAUUGUCACAUCAUUAUGCAACACCUUUUGCCAGUUGGUGUGCAUGCAUUCCUAGAGAAAUCGAUGAGUACAACUAUUAUUGAGUUAUGCACUUUCUUCAAGAUCAUUUGUGCGAGAACUCUAAAAGUCUCAGAUUUAGAAAAAGUCAAAACUUCAAUUGUUGAGAUUGUUUGCAAGUUAGAAAAUAUUUUCCCACCUGCUUUUUUUGAUAUCAUGGUCCAUCUACUAAUACAUUUAUCGGAAGAAGCAAUACUUGGAGGACCGGUUCACAUGAGGUGGAUGUAUCCUUUUGAAAGGUAUAUGAAAAAAUUGAAGAAUUAUGUUCGUAAUAAAGCACGUCCAGAGGAGUCAAUAGCAGAAGGAUAUGUGGUUGAUGAGGCAUUAACAUUUUGCUCCAUGUACUUGAAAGGUGUUUAGACAAAGUUCAAUCGUCCAAACCGAAAUGUAGAUGUUAGUCCAUCACUUAAAAAGAUGUCGGUCUUUCGAUCUCAGGGUCUUCCAAUUGGUAAGAAAUCCUUGACAAUUUUGGAAGAUGAAGUGAAGAAAAUAGCGGAUUGGUAUAUUCUAAACAACUGCAAUGAGAUCUUGCCAUAUCUUCGAGAGCAUAGGGAAAUUCUACAGACUAAAGGUGUUGAAAACCUAGACCUAUUACAGAGAGAGGAAUUUCCUAAUUGGUUUUAUAAUAAGAUUUAUCAUCUUCGACAAACAGGAUCCUUGAAAGUACAUGAAAAAUUUAUCUCUUUAGGAAACGGUUCUUCUACUCGUGUUGCGUCGUACCCUGGGUGUGUUGUAAAUGGAGUAAGAUUUUUGUGUUAUGACAGGGACAAGAAUCGCAAAACUCAAAAUAGUGGAGUCUCUGUAGCGGGUGUCAAAAAUAGUACUUAUUACGGCCAGUUGGAAGAAGUUUUAGUGAUGUCAUAUCUUUCUGGUUGUUCUGUUGUAUUAUUUAAGUGCAAAUGGUUUGACACUAAUCGGUCUUCAGGAUUAAAGUUUGAGCAAAACAUAACGAGUAUCAAAACCAGUUCGGAGGCCUUCAAAGAUGAUAAAUUUAUCUUAGCAACUCAGGCUAACCAAGUUUUCUACAUUGAAGACCUUAAAAAUAAAUCUCAUUGGAAAGUCGUCCAAGAAGUGCAUCACAGAAAUGUGUGGGACAUCCCACAAGUUGAAGAACAAGCGGAUGAUGUAGAAGUAGAUGUUAUGCACAACACUAGUUCCUCUAAUUUCCAAUUAUUCAUUGAUCUUGGACCGUUGCCACAAAUCAGCUUUGAACGCACGGGGGCUCCAUUACAAUUUGUUGAGAUAGAUAAUGUUGCAAUCGAGGAGGAGAAGGAGGAGGAAAUGGAAGAAGAAGAGGAGGAGGAGGAAGAGGAAGUGGAGGAGGAGGAGGAAGUUGAAUAUGAAGAUGAUGAAGAUGAAGAUGAACACAUAGAAACCGAUGAUGAUAGUGAAGAUUAUUAUAGUGAUAUGGCUGAUGUUAUUGCUCGAUCUCACGGGGGUGAUGGUGGAGGAUGCGAUCCUCCACGUGGACCGUCAGAUAUUCCAGCUGAUUGUGAACGAGCGCCUCCAAACAAACGUGGACGCCAUAAAGGAUUGAACACACGGGAAAAAAAGGAACAGUUGGGGCGUCCUCUCCCUCUCGAGUGGGAUGUGCGGGGGAGAACAUAUAAAUAGAGAUCGGAGAUUACAGCUCAAAUUUCUCAAGAGAGCUCGGAUUACUUGUUCAACAGUACAGAGAUCCGGACUGUCCUCAAUGGUCAAAAGUAUCAAAUGCCUCGAAACAAAGAAUACUUGCACAUUUGGAAAUAUGGAGAAGGGCAUAUGCCUGGGAUCUUGAGAGGAAUUGAUACUUCGUGUGCUAAAAAGUAUUCUGACUAGAAGUACGAUAUUAAAGAGCAUUUAACGAUUAAUGGACCACAAAAUCGUUAUGGUGGUUGCACGGAUACGCAGUGGCAAAAAGCCCUUGAAUUUUUCCGACGCCCAGAAAUUACGAAACGUUCUGUGGUCAACAAGGAAAAUAGGAAGAAACUGAAAGAGCUUAGCUAUGGAGGUUCUCAGUCAAUCACAGCCCUGCCCUAUAAAAAACGCAAUUUAGAGACUGGGCAACUUGAGCUCAUCCCGGAUAGCUAGAUGGAUACUCACCAUAAAUUAGGCACAGGGUGGGUGACAGAGACAGCAAAAAAUACUUGGGAGGAAUUGCGUGCAUAUCGCGACACAUAGCAGACACAGACAACUGAUAGUGAGAGUUCCACACCAGUUUCGAGUGCGCCUGAAGAUAAAGACAUAUCUUUGGUACAAACUUUCUUCGGAAAACGACGAGGCCACCAGAAAGGAUAUGGACGUAUCCUUAACAUAAGGGGCUGAACUCCAUUUGAUUUUCGUCCUUCACAAACUAGAGAUGAAGAGAUGUCUGAGAUGAGAGAGCGUCUUCGACAGUUAGAGGAGCAUGUCUGGACUCAUUGUAUCACCCUGGGAUCUCAAUGUGCCCCACCACCACCCGAUGAUCCCAAUGUUGGAGCACCGACUCAGUAGGAUUUAUGUAUGAAUUUUAUUACAAUUGACUAUUACAUUAUCAUGUUUAAGACAACUCUUUAUUUUGAUUCAGCAAACAUACUCUUAUAUUUU